AUGCUUAUAUUAGUUGAGACAGCACUAGGCUUCGGCCUUUUUAGACUUCGAGAUGAAAAAUUGUUAAAAUUAGCUCCAGAAGCUAUAGAAUCACAGUUUUCAACAUCAGAAAGAUCUAGAGAAUGCGCUACACUGACGGCAUUUGUUAAUUUCCGUUCUACGAAUGAAGCUACAAGAGAAACCGCGGCAAUCAUAGAUUCAAAAGCGGGGAAAGGACUGCGCAAAUUUUUGAAGAAAAAUUUGGAACCAGAGGUUGGAAUUGAGAAACUUGCUGUUUCCGAUCGUCUACUAGCCGCUAAUCUACAAGAAAAAUUCGGCCUUCAAGUCGUAUUCGAACCAAAUACACUUGAAAUAGUGCGUGGUAUACGUUCUCAAUUUUAUGAACUUGUCCAGGGUCUCUCUGAGAAAGACAUGCGAACUAUGGAAAUUAGCCUAUCUCACUCACUGUCACGGUUUAGGUUGAAAUUUUCACCUGAAAAGGUUGAUACUAUGAUAAUUCAAGCUAUUGCCCUUAUUGAUGACUUGGAUCGUGAAAUAAAUAAUUUUGGUAUGAGAUUGAAGGAGUGGUAUGGAUGGCAUUUUCCUGAAUUAUCUAAGAUAAUUAUCGACAAUCUUCUAUACUCAAAAGUUGUACAAUUGAUAGGACAACGAGAAAAUGCAGCAAAUGCCGAUUUAUCAUCAAUUUUGCCAGAAAACAUUAUCGCUGAAAUAAGACAAGCAUCUGAAAUUUCAAUGGGCACUUUUUUAGAAGAAGAAGAUCUCAUUUCGAUUUUGCAGCUUGCUGAACAACUUCAAGAACUUAUAACAAAUAGAGAAACUCUCGGAGAUUAUUUGAAACAGAGGAUGCAGGCAAUUGCCCCAAAUUUAACAUUCAUGGUAGGAGAAAUCAUUGGCGCUCGAUUAAUUAGUCAUGGAGGAAGCUUGGCUAAUUUGGCAAAGGCACCUGCAAGCACUGUUCAAAUUUUGGGCGCAGAGAAAGCCUUAUUUCGGGCCUUGAAGACAAAAUCUCAAACUCCGAAAUAUGGCCUAAUUUACCAUGCUUCCCUUGUCGGACAGUCCAACGCAAAGAACAAGGGAAAGAUCUCCAGAAUUUUGGCGGCAAAAUUAUCUUUAUGUACCAGGGUAGACGCUUUCAAACAUCAAGAUGGCCCGUCUGUCGCUUUGGAACAUCGCAGUUACGUGGAAAAAAAGUUGAGGAGAUUACUGGAAGAACCAGAGAUUGAGCAUGUUAGGAUUAAGAGGACUGAUUCAUUUCAAAAAUCCGCCAAAAAAAGAAGAGCGGGUAACUAA